AGUUUACCCCACUAGCCGGCCCCCACCCCCACGUGCCAAGGUCAAGGCCAACCCCCAACGACCGCAGCCAUGUCGAUGCACCUGAAGAAGAUCAAGUUCUCCUUCCUCCUCCUCCUCCUCCAGCUCAUCUUCAUCAUCAUCAUGGGCAUCUUCGGCGACUACGCCAAGAACGACUACUACCCCGAGCUCUACGGCAACGGGAGUGACGCCGUCUCAGAAUCUACAGGGGUUCCAUAUCCAAAUUUCAUGGACGUCAAUGGCAUGAUCUUUGUGGGCUUUGGUUUCCUGAUGACCUUCCUGAAGAACUACGGCUUCGGUGCCGUGGGUCUAAACCUGAUGGUGAGUGCUGUCUGCGUGCAGUGGGCGGCCAUCGUGCGAGGCUUCAUACACUACGACAUCCUGGGAGGGGAGAAGUUCCACAUCUCCGUCAUUGACAUGGUGACCUACGACUUUGCCACCGCGACGGUUCUCAUCUCAUUCGGUGCCGUCCUGGGUAAGGCCAGUCCCGUCCAGCUGCUCAUCAUGGGCAUCUUUGAGAUCCUGCUGGCCCAGAUCAACGAGUACAUUGGUAUCGAUCUCCUACAUGUCCGCGACAUCGGCGAGUCCAUGUUUAUCCACAUGUUUGGCGCCUACUUUGGGUUGGCUGUGGCCCGCGUGCUCUACUCGUCAGACGUCGAGAAGUCGAGCAAGGAGGGCAGCGUCUACCACUCCGACAUCUUCGCCAUGAUUGGUACCGUCUUCCUGUGGAUCUUCUGGCCCUCCUUCAACGGCGGGUUUGCAGACGACCAACAGCAGAAAGACCGUGCCUACCUCAACACCUUCUUCUCGCUGUGUGCCGCCACGGCCGUGACCUUCGCCAUCUCCAGCCUAGUGGACAAGGAGGGCAAGUUCAACAUGGUUCACGUACAGAACUCCACCCUAGCCGGGGGCGUGGCCGUCGGGGCGUCAGCACAGAUGCCCAUGCACCCGUUCGGUGCCAUGAUCUUCGGCUCUGUGGCGGGGCUCAUCAGCGUGCUGGGGUACAGGUACUUGACGCCCCUGAUGAGGAAGUACCUGAAGAUCCACGACACCUGUGGCGUCCACAAUCUGCACGGCAUGCCGGGAUUUCUGGCCGCUGUUGGCGCUGCUGUGUUGGCCGCCAUUUCCGGAAGUUGGUCUCAGCAUGACCGAGAGACCAUCUUCCCCGAGACGAUGCCAGACGGAGCGACAGACGACGCCCUGGGCCGGACCCCCGUGGAGCAGGGGGGGUACCAGAUGUUGGCGGCCGUCAUCACGCUGGGGUUCGCCAUCGUUGGGGGCACCUUUACAGGAUUUAUCCUGAAGAUCCCCAUCUGGGAUAUGCCGAAGGACGAGGAUAUCUUUAACGACACUGACAAUUGGGAGGUGCCGGAGGAAGGCUUUACAGCAGAGAAGUCGUCCAAUCAGUACAAAGUUUCCAACUCGAACCACAUCGAGAUGACCAUGCCAAUGUAAAGUCUGCAUUCAUUGGGAAGCGGAGAAGCUGCUUAGACCAGCAUUUCAAGCGAAAGGUUAAGCAACUCAUGUAAAUAGACAAAUGCUUCAAAACAUCGUAGUUAUGUACCCUUAGUCUCCUUGUGGGAUGGAUUCGAAUGCAAUCAAGCGAUCCUGUUCAAAAACUGGGAUAAUAUGUAUAACUUUAUAUAUAUAUAUAUAUAUAUAUAUAUAUAUAUAUAUAUAUAUAU